UGUAUCAAAUGUUCGUAAAACUGCAAUCAUUGAAUUAUUUUACCUGAAUAAGAUGUACGUCAUAAAAAAUUUCAACAAUAAAAUUCGAUAUGGCUAAUCAGACCAAAAUAUCAUCAUGAAUACUGAUUGCUGCGUUCUAGUGCAAGCCAAUGCUGGCAUGAGUAUUGUAAUGAAACUAUAUCCAUUACGCUGCUGUUGUCAUGGUAAAAUGGAACCACGAAAUAGAGGCGACCCUUCUGGCCUUCAGGCGGCGAAUAUCAUACUAACAUUCCUGAUCAAGAGUUAACAUCCUCCUGCAACGCAGCAGAUUCCAUCUCUUUAGACCAAGCAACCAUAAAACCAUCUGGGAGAAAUCGAAAGGAGGAAAAGAGAGGACGGUGAGCCUUUUCGUCGAUGGAAUCCAUUGGGAAAGGAGGAGAUGGAAAAGAGGAAAAAACCGGAGAGGAAUCGGAGAGGAGCCAUUAAAAAAUCACUAAAUGUCGUUACAAGAAAUUUUAUGUAUUAAAUAUCGUUUGGAAUCAGUGUCAUUGUCAAAUUAAAUUAAAGUCCAUUGUCAUUAAAAUUAUUGUACGUGUUGUGAAUUUUAAUUUGACAACAAUCCUAAUCGAGUGUUGGGAGUUCCACUAUUCAAUCGCAUCGAAGGAUUUCGAAGGGAUAUUCCCCAACAUUUUGGUCCAGCCGAACCGGAUCUGGGAUCUUUGGUACAUCGUAUGGACGGAUUUUCUUCAUCAUAAGGCCGGUACUGCGUAAAUAUCAAGCUGCCACAGGAAUAUCGAAUCAAUACACCAAAGGAACUAUCGCUGCCAUCGUUUAAUUUGAAUGAGGACGUAGCCCAAUAAAGAAAUCCAUUCAUCCCGUAACUGAGCCAAUUGGUCUGGAAACAUAGAAGUAGGAGUUAACACAAUUUGGAGCCAUAUUUGCUUCGUCAGGUCAGUAAUAUUGAAUAGUAUAUGCCUGGCGAAGCUAGGUUUCACUACACAUACUACAUCUGAGUUAUUUGUUUCAUAACUUACAUAACAUCGAGAGGAUUCAUCAUGCCUAAUACGACCACUACCACGAAAACAUCACCGUCUCUGAAACGGCUGUUACUAAGUCUGAAAGAUGCACAUUCGACGAUCAACGACAUUUGGAAGUUUGUUUCCGAGUUCAAGGGUGAUACAGCAACGAGCCAAGCGGAGGUGCGUUUAGAAACUCUAAACUGUGCGUGGGAAAAGUUCUCUGAAACACUCCUUGACAUUAAGUGUCACGAUGAAUUUGACGACGAGGAUGAUUUUUACGAACAAGAAAAAACAGAUUCCAGAGACCGUUUUUAUCAUGCCAAGGCUUUUCUGAUGGAAAUUCUAAAGAAGGAACGGGAGCAAUCAAUGUCAACUCAAAGUAUUCGAGUGAACGAUAGUAUGCUGCAUGGGACGUUCGACCAUGUACGUCUAUCGCAAAUCAGACUGCAAAACUUUGACGGUAAUAUAGACAAAUGGUUAAGCUUCAGAGAUCUCUACGUAUCACUCAUACACUGCAAGUCGGAUCUGCCUGAUGUGGAGAAAUUUCACUACCUCAAAGGCUGCUUGCAGGGAGAACCGAAAGCUCUUGUCGACCCACUACAACUUACAGGGGCGAAUUACACGAUUGCAUGGGAAAUGUUACUAAGCAGAUAUAAUAACUCCAAACUGUUGAAAAAACGCCAGAUUCAAUCUUUAUUUAAACUACCAAUAAUCACAAAGGAAUCCGCAAGUGAAUUGCAUGUACUUCUCGAUAACUUCGAGAGAGUGGUAAAAACGCUCGACCAAAUCGUAAACCCAGAGGAUUAUAGGGAUCUUCUGCUGAUUAAUAUCCUCACUACACGUCUGGAUCCAACGACACGCCGGGGGUGGGAAGAAAUUUCCGCGAGUAAGGAACAGGAAUCAUUGGCCGAUCUCACCGAUUUUUUACACUGUAGAGUUCAAAUGUUAGAUUCCCUACCAUCGAGAACAGGAGAGAACAAAGCUAGUGGCACGUUUAAUCCACCACUAAGACAUCACCCGUCCUUCACCAAACCAAGCUACAGCACAGUACAAACAAGUACAACCCGGUGUUUAUCGUGCGAAGCUUAUCAUUCCCUCUAUCAAUGUGAUGUUUUCCAGCGAAUGACAGUAUCAGAUAGAGAUUCGUUUUUUAAAGGUCAUUCGCUUUGACUGAAACUGUUUUAGAGCGGGUC